GGAGAGCGGCGGGCUCGGGCCGGCUGCAGGAGAAACGAACCGAACCCAACCGAACAAGGCGGGCAGGGCUGGGCAACGCCGAGGGGCCGGGCGCGGGACGCCGGCCCCGGGAGGGGGCGGCCGACGCAGCUCCCACGCCCGCCCAGGCCCCGGGACCCUAACCCAUCUCUCGGUUGCAGCUAGAGGAAGACCUGCCCAGGACCAGGGCUUCACCCUCCCGGAGCCCCGGGUCCCAGCCCCGCGGCCCCAGGCGCCCCCUUCCCAAACGAGACCUGCAGGACUUCCUGGACAAGGCCCUGCUCGCAGCCGCUGGGCCUGGGGCUGACAGGUAAGACCCAGGGAGUGAGCUGACCGACAGCAGGACAGCCCGAUCUGCGUGGUCCAGUUCCUGGGGAAGAAUGGAUAACCUGGAGUCCGACUUCAAUCUGAAGAGCGUUCUGGUCAGUUUCAAGCAGUGUCUCAACGAGAAGGAGGAGGUGCUGCUGGACCACUACCUCACCGGCUGGAAGGGGCUGGUCAGGUUCCUGAACAGCCUGGGCACCAUCUUUUCCUUCAUCUCCAAGGAUGUGACGACCAAGCUGCAGAUCAUGGAGCAGCUGUGUGGCAGCCCACAGCAGGAACACUACCACAGCCUGCAGUCCAUGGUGGCCUACGAGGUGGGCAACCAGCUGGUGGACCUGGAGCGGAGAUCCCGCCACCCCGACUCAGGCUGCCGGACCGUACUGCGGCUGCACCGCGCCCUGCGCUGGCUGCAGCUCUUCCUGGAAGGCCUACGCACCAGCCCUGAGGAUGCACGCACUGCUGUUCUCUGCACCGACUCCUACAAUGCUUCACUGGCUGCCUACCACCCAUGGGUCAUCCGCCGGGCCGCCACUGUGGCUUUCUGCACACUGCCCGCACGCAAGGUCUUCCUGGAGGCCAUGAACGUGGGGUCCCCCGAGCAGGCUGUGGAGAUGCUGGAUGAGGCCCUGCCCUUCAUUGAGCAUGUCUACGACAUCUCCCAGAAGCUCUAUGCUGAGCACACCCUGCUGGACCUGCCCUAGGGGCCAGUGGGCCCAGGCAUAGCAGCCUCCCUUUCUCCAGAGCUGGGCUGGAGCACUGCAGGCCUGUCAGUCCUGCUAUGGGGGGGUCUCGAUGCUCCAGGAGUGGGGACAAUCACUGCCCUCACUGCAAGCUGAGCUUGUCGGGAGCUGCUGCCCAGCACAGCCCUCAGGCUGCGCCUCCAGCCUGCCACACACAGUUGCAGACAGGUGGUGACAGAGAAGGGCUACACUGUGCCCAAGGCCAUUUUAGCUUUACCUGUUGCCCAGCUACAGGUGUGUCCAGGCAGGCCACAUCUAGGUUGGUGAAGUGCAGAAGGCAGCGGGGUGGGGGCAGGAUGGCAUGCAUGCAGAAGCCGAACAAGCUGCCUCAGCUGUGGUCCAGUCACUGGUCCCUGAAGGGUAGAGGUUCCAUCUUGUUCACCAGCCAACUGGCCCAGUUGGGACCAGGAUGCGGUGUCUGUGCCCAGGUGCCUCGGGCUGCUUGUACUGGGCAGGCUGUCCCCAGGACAUGGCAGGACCCCAUGGGCAGCAGGGCCCUGUGGGCUCUCCUGCCCCUCACCUGCUUGUUGGCUGGGGCCCACGUGUCCUCGGCAGGGAAGACCUGCUCUUUGGCCCUGUUCACGCGUCAGUUGCCUCCUACAGCCACGCGUACGCCCGGGCAGCUGCCUGGGAGUCGCACAGCACAGCCUUGCAGCCCUGGAAGUCAGGACUCCACUGGGCUGGGGCCGGGCCCCCUUCCGGCAUCUGCAGGACGCUGUGUCUAUUGCUUACCCCUUGCUGCCCUAUCCCACAGAACUCAGGUGACGCAGUUCGGGGGGGGCCUGGGCCCCUCUGCCUCGAUGGCAGGCUCGCGGAAGGCUGUCAUCCGCUGCUUGAGGGCCCAGCCGCUCCCACAGGCUCUUUACUGUGAGCCCUGGACCUUGGGUGCCAAGGGGACAAUGUCCACUGUGCAGCAGACGUGCCCAAGUGUGAGCUUAUGGGGACCCUUGGAAACUAAUACAGUUGAUGGCUUUCUCAGCGUAAAUAAAUUACACUCCCAGAACUAG